GCCGACGUCUACAGAGCUGUUGAUGGAGAAUACACCAAAGGUAGACAGAUCCACAAGGAAAACUUGGCCUUGUCUCCUUACCAUGAGAAGAAACUAUCACCAAAUGGAAACAAACUCGAUGUAGUUCUCGAUAAAGACGCGCCUGAUUACGACGACAUGUUCAUUUCCAAAGGAAGCUCCAUCCCGCCGGAUGAGCUUCUUGAAAUCUUGAAGCCGGGGCAUCUCAAGAUCCCAAUAAAGCACCGUGACGAAUUCGCGGAAGAUCGCCAAUUGCCAUCUUCAGAACUUCUCAAAGUUAUACACUACUUUGCAAGUAAGAAAUUUACGUCGACAAAGAAGGGAGAAGUUGAAAUGGCCAGAACAAUGGACGAAAGUGCACUUCUAGCCCUUGGGAUCCUUGUAGAACUGUGGGUAGACAGAAUGGUAGAUGAAAACACGGUCAAGAUGUUUGUAGAUCAUUGCGACAGCGAUAAAGACGAGAUAGAAGACCAAGAAGAUAGCCUGCAGAAUUCAGAUUCAUCGUCUGAAGCUGCUUCAUCUCCUUCAUCUUCUCCUUCUGAGUCAGACUCUGUAGAUUCAGACUCAGAUUCAAAUUCAGGUUCUGAUUCCAGCAAUGGAAGUUCUGAUUCAGAAUAG